UAUCCAGACACUGCCGACCGGACUAGUUUGGAAUAUACUCCCCAUUUACAACUCUCCAUUUGUGCACCAACGCUCAGAUGCACCUGAGUUUGCUUUGAGGGCAUUUGAAACCGGAACCAUUUGCAAACUGGUUCUUUUUUUCUUCUUCUUUUUUUGUUUUUUGUUUUACAUGUAUUUAAUGAAUUUGGCUGUUGUCUCUCCCAAAACUCGUAGUUUUCCGUUACUCCAAAUGCUUCGCCUGCCAGUAUCGCUCUGCAUGUGGGUAUAAACGGUGGUUUCAGCCUGCGUCCAGGUGGUUUUCUUGAAAGGGUUGCACAGGGAAUAUUUCGUUUUUUAAAUUUAGAUAAAGAAAAUCCUCUUUAUCUUUUGGAAGCGCGUCCACUAUUUCCCCUCCCCACACACACACACACACACACACACACACACACACAAUGGCUGAUGCUAACGCGGAAUGCAAUAUCAAGGUGUUGUGUCGAUUUCGUCCACUGAACAAGUCCGAAAUUAUCCGCGGAGAUAAGUUCAUCCCAAUAUUUCAAAGAGAAGACACUGUCAUCCUCGGGGGGAAGUCCUACGUGUUUGACCAGGUGUUCCCCACUAACACCACCCAGGAACAGGUCUACAACACCUGCGCCAAGCAGAUUGUCAAAGAUGUACUGGCUGGAUACAAUGGGACUAUCUUUGCUUAUGGGCAGACCUCCUCUGGAAAAACACACACCAUGGAGGGAAACCUUCAUGAUCCAGAGGGAAUGGGAAUCAUCCCCCGGAUCUCAGAGGACAUUUUCGAACAUAUAUUUGCCAUGGAUGAGAACCUAGAAUUCCACAUAAAGGUCUCCUACUUUGAGAUCUACAUGGACAAAAUCCGUGACCUGCUGGAUGUGACAAAAACCAACCUGUCAGUUCAUGAAGACAAACACAGAGUUCCUUAUGUGAAGGGCUGCACGGAGCGAUUUGUCACAAGCCCAGAGGAAGUGAUGGAUGUGAUAGAUGAAGGGAAGGCUAACCGUCAUGUUGCUGUCACCAACAUGAAUGAACACAGUUCCCGCAGUCAUAGCAUCUUCCUGAUAAACAUCAAACAAGAGCACGUGGAGACAGAGCAGAAGCUGUGUGGGAAGCUGUACCUGGUCGACCUAGCUGGUAGUGAAAAGGUCAGUAAGACAGGUGCUGAGGGAGCAGUGCUGGAUGAGGCCAAGAACAUCAACAAGUCUCUGUCGGCCCUGGGGAACGUCAUUUCAGCCUUGGCUGAGGGAACGAAAUCCCAUGUGCCGUACCGUGACAGCAAAAUGACUCGCAUCUUACAGGACUCGCUGGGCGGGAACUGUCGCACCACCAUGUUUAUCUGUUGCUCUCCCUCCAGCUACAAUGAUGCAGAGACCAAAUCCACCUUGAUGUUUGGCCAACGAGCCAAGACUAUUAGAAAUACUGUAUCCGUGAACCUUGAGCUCACAGCAGAGCAGUGGAAGAAGAAGUACGAAAAGGAAAAAGAGAAGAACAGGUCAAUGAAGGAGACUCUUCAAAGACUGGAGGCUGAGCUGAACAUCUGGAGGAACGGUGAGGAUGUUGUUGUGUUAGAGCAUCUGAGCCCGGAAUCUGAAGACAUUCCCCUGGUGCCUCCCAAAACUGAGGAGCCACAUCCUGACAUCUGCAGCCCCUGCAGCCCUUGCUCAGUUGCCUCCUCCAUUGUGGUUCAUAUAUCUGAGGAGGAGCGGCAGAAGUAUGAGGAGGAGAUACGCAAGCUUUACAAACAGCUGGAUGAUAAGGAUGAUGAGAUCAACCACCAGAGCCAGAUGGUUGAGAAACUGAAGGAGCAGAUGCUCGACCAGGAGGAGCUUCUCGCAUCAUCCAGAGGUGACAGCGAAAAGGUGCAGUCGGAGCUCGGCAGACUGCAGACAGAGAAUGAAUCUGCUAAGGCUGAGGUGAAGGAAGUCCUCCAGGCCCUGGAGGAGCUGGCAGUCAACUACGACCAGAAGAGCCUGGAGGUUGAAGAGAAGAGUGUGCAGAACAAGCUCUUGGCUGAAGAGCUUGCAAAGAAAAUGGCUCACCUCAUGGCUUUAGAGGCGGAGCUGUCCCGUAUCCAGCAAGUGAGCACCCACCAAAGGAAACGGAUCGCUGAGAUUCUCAACGGGCUGAUGAGGGACCUGAGUGAGUUCAGCACCAUCGUUGGUAACAGAGACAUCAAGCUGCCCAUGGAGAUCACUGGUGUGAUCGAGGAGGAGUUCACAGUGGCUCGCCUUUACAUCAGUAAGAUAAAGUCAGAGGUGAAGUCCAUGGUGAAGCGUUGCCGCCACCUGGAGAAUCUUCAGAUGGAGGGUCACCGCAAGAUGGAGGAGACGGGCAGAGAACUGUCCUCAUGUCACCUCCUCGUUUCACAGCAUGAGGCAAAGAUCCGCUCUCUAACAGAGUACAUGCAGAAUGUGGAGCGGAAGAAGAGACACCUGGAGGACGGCUAUGACUCUUUGAGCGAGGAGCUAGCUAAAUUCCAAGCUCAAGAGAGCAUGUCACAGGUGACCAGGGGGCAGAAUCACACUUCUGUCCAGGAUUCCAGUGAUAUUAAGAGGGCUCUGGAGCUGCAGAUGGAGUCACACCGUGAGGCGCACAGCAAACAGCUUGGCCACCUGCGAGACGAGAUCAAUGAGAAGCAGAAGAUCAUCGACGACUUAACUGAUUGUAACCAGAAGCAGCAGCUGGAGUUGGAGCAACUGCACUGUGACUUUGAACGUCUCAGGAGCCAAGAGCAUCACAAGAGCCGGCAGCUGGAGGAACUGACAUUUCUCCAUGAGCGACAUGAGCAGUCAAAGCAGGACCUCAAAGGGCUGGAAGAGACUGUUGCACGUGAGCUCCACACCCUGCACAACCUCCGCAAGCUUUUUGUUCAAGACCUCACGACUCGAGUUAGAAAAAGUGCAGGGAUGGAGCCUGAUGAUAGUGGGGGAUAUAUCACCCAGAAACAGAAGAUUUCCUUUCUUGAAAACAACCUGGACCAGCUUACGAAAGUUCACAAACAGCUGGUACGUGACAAUGCAGAUCUUCGCUGUGAGCUUCCAAAACUGGAGAAACGUCUUCGGUCUACAGCUGAGCGAGUUAAGGCGCUGGAGGGUGCGCUGAAGGAGGCGAAGGAAGGAGCCAUGAAGGACCGCCACCGGUACCAGCAGGAGGUGGAGCGCAUCAAAGAUGUGAUGAGGGCUCGCAAUCCCUUCCGCCGGCCCCACGCUGCGCAGAUAGCCAAGCCUGUGCGCCCUGGCCACUACCCAGCAUGCUCUCCCACCAACCCCUUCUUCAUCCGAGGCUACAGCGAUAACCCCAUGGCCUUCUGCAAAGCUGGUUUCCACAACAGCAACAACCAAGAAGCAGCCGCUCCUGCCACUCCUGCAACACAAGAGAGUGAGCCCACUUUACCCGAGACCAACUCCAAUCAGAACAGCCCUGUUAAACACAUCAACUCCCAAAACAAUGAUUCACUCGACAACGACGCUCAGGACCACAUGCUUCCAGCUGAACCACAGCGGCAAACAGACAAGAACACCGCAGAGAUGCUUGAUUCAGAAAAUGGAAACACUACAGAUAUCAAUGACAACAGCAUGUGUCUGAAUGUCAAUUCUGUGUCCAGAACUGACAUAUGUGACAAUCAGGAUCCAGCCAAACUCUACAGCCUGCAGCCAGAGACUUCAGCCAGCUAAUAGUCCUGAGCAGGCAGACGUUUCUUCGGAGGCCUCCUCUGUAAAUCUGCAUGCAGCUGAUCACUGUCCUCCAAGCCUCUCCUUCCUCUCCCAUCCUCACCUGCUGUAAACAGACCUCUGUCUCUCCUGUGUCCCUUUUCCUCCCUUUGCUUGCUCCUCUUCAAUCCCUUCUCCUUGCUGUACAAUGACACGGGGUGUAUGUGGGAAUUGGUAGGAUCCAUGCCAAGCACUGCAUCUCAAAUUCCCAAUCUGGCAGCUCAUACCCAUUUUGUUGCACACCCUCCACAUGACUUGGAAAACAAAGGGACCACAAAUAGAAAGGCGGAGAAGAGAAAGUAAUAAUAAUCCUUAUUAAAGUGCAGUGCUGUAGGUAACCACUAGGGUGUGCUGUUUCUCUCAGUGACGGGAUCACACUGGACAUAAAAAACAGUACUUUCAUACAACUUUAAACUGAGGUCUUUAUUAUUAUUAUUAUUAUUAUUAUUUUUAUUACUAAACAUGCAUAUGGAUCUGAAAACUCCAAGGUAAACUGUGUUAAAACACAUGAAAACAGCGUGAUCCUCAAGCUCACUUUACUAAUAUAAAUACUUUUGACUGUGCAUGUUGAUUUUUGAUGUUGGUCUAGCUUUUUCUCGGAAAAAAAAUAAAGAGGAAGAGAGCAAGUGGGGCAACAUUAUAAUAAAAUGUUUCAGUCUAAACACCAGUACAGGAGAAGUACUGGAAGCCAGUGUAAAUGGGAAAUGCAGUCUGUUUAAAGGCAUUAUUCAAUACCUUUGUUAUUGUCAAAAAAUCCUAUGAAAAGCAAAACCAAAACCAUCAAUGCAUUACUCUGCCUCUCAGUAUUGGGUUAGCCUGCCUGUGGCUCUCAGUCACAAGCCAAGUGAUGUAAAUCUUUACAAACAGGACUUCCGUAUAUAGUUUAAUUUUGAAAAAGCCUCAGUAAUUUCCUAAAACAGCUGGGCACUGCAGUUUUUCGCAAGCAUUACUCAAACAUGAGUAAAUAGCACAGUUGUUGGGGACUAUUUUCAGCCGCGGAUUAAUUCACAUUUGGCGCACUAGUGAGUUUUUACAGAAGCAGGAUGGUGUAUUUUUGAUUUUGACAAAGUAAAAUACAGUGCACAUAUUCAUGGGGAUGAAGAAAUGUUAUCCACUGCAUCAAAGUGGCUCAUUGAUGUGUUAUUUGGAAAGAAUGGAGGUUGAUGGCACAUGUUGUAAGCUACUGUAAGUCAGGCUUUAGAUGCCAUAUUGCAAUACUUAGUAGUAGUAGUUCAUUGUUGGUUAUUGUCUUCACAAUAGAAUAGAAAAAUAUAGAAUCACCAGACUUGUCAUUUAAAGCAAGCUUUUAAAAGUUCAGUUUCAGUCCAAACUGAAAGCAAUCACUAAUUUGUGAUUCUUUACUGUUGAUUCCCAAAAUAUCAGGCUAAUUGCAAUUUAAAUUCUUCGAAAGAGCGUUAGUAGUCAUAGUAACAAUAUAGUCCAUAACUGCUGUUGCCAGGUAGGUAGACUUACACACACACAAAACUAAAAAAACACAUACACAGACCUGCAGUAGUUCCAACUUGGCCAAGCUUUUAUUUACACAAUAGAUGGUUUCUGACAUUUGACCGUCUUUAAUCAAAUUUAACAAAGGAUUAAGUUUAUACAUACAGUACAGUAUGUAACUCCUCAAGACUCUUCAUCAGACACAUCAGUUUUAUAUUUUGGUACCCUUGGAGGAUAUAUUUCAGACACUGUUUUUCCUCUUGUUAGAUUAAGAGCUUUGAAAUCUUAAGGCAUCAGAUGGCUCUGGUAGUGGCAGAAAGAACCAUAGUGUUAAAACAGGGAGUUGGUUAGAACAUUGUUUAAAAUAAAACAUACUCGUAGUAGAGAGACUUUUAAGCUGUACAUUAUCCCUACAAAAGCUGCCUGUCAGGGAUUGUUAUGUGUGAUAUUCAGUCAUUGUCAUGUAAACCAAAAGAAUGACAGAAUGGAAAAAAAGAAUUGUGUAACAAAUAUUUUUAUACUGCUAGUUGUAGUUUAAAAGACAAAAUAUUACCUAUCAUUUGCUCUAUUUUGUUCUAAUGUUAGUUAUUUGCUAGUUAUUCUCAAUGUAUAGCAGUUUGGGAAUGUGAAUCAAUAUCAUUUGUUUUUAUGUGCAAAUGUAUCAUGGUGAGAUUGUUUCUUACACUGCAGAAUGCUCUAGAUUUCAGAUUUCCACUGUUGUGAAAAAUGGGUGCAUAUGUGCAGUUGCUGUUCCAAUGUGAAUUUGUUUAGGAGGUGGCUAAUCAUCAUCUCAGACUGAAACCAAAGCCCCAGUUGUAAUGAGUCAUUUAAAGAGGAUCUUGUUCUGCAAUAGUCCAUGUAAGCUCUGAUGGAGACAUAACCCAAGGGUUACUAUAAGUUAUCAAGAGCUGAUACAGCCUCGUCUUAUCCCUCUGACAUACCCUCAGAUAAAGCACCUCAUCAACAAAUGAGGUGUUUGACCUUUGACCCCAAAACAGAGAGAUAUUGCAUACCCUGUAUUACUUGGGUGCAUUCUGAGCAGAGUCACUCCUGGCGUCCCAUCAAACUCUCUGAUGACCUCCUGAUCAGCCAGUCAGGAUGAGAGAGUGAAGGGUGACAGUUGAGGGACUGUAUGUAUGUGUGUGUGUAUGUAUGCAUGUGUGUAUUUUGAGAGAGAAGAGGAGCUGUAUCUUCUUGGCAGAGUCUCUUACUUUUGGAUUUUCUGGGAUCCUUUUAACAAAACAGACCAGAGGGGUGUACUACGAAGCAAGUUCGACACAGCCAGGCUUUCUUUACGUUAUCUGGCGCGACAAAGCAUAAAAUAUAUCGGGGUGUAGAUGGGUAUUACGACAGUGGUCUUCAACUUUCUUUGUUAACCUAGUAACAAAGAAAGUUGAUGACCACCGUUGUAAUACCCAUCGAUUUCUUCAUCAGGCUCUGUGCAUCUUCCCUCAAAAGGGGGCGUUUGGCACGUCUUUAGACUCUUCUUCCACUCAAAAUGGACCAAUUGCAUGCCGCCGCCUUCAGCAACCGGUUGUUAAAAUGGAAAGCUAUGAAGAAUAUUUUAAAAAGUAUUACAACAAAAAGCUUCACUGUUGCUGCAAAUAAGGCCUCCCUUUUAUUUCUAACGUGACAGCUGCACCUUGUGAAGCUCUUAAACUCUAAACUUGAGAGAGCAUAUUUAAACAUUGCACUCAAGGACUGCGUUUAGAUCUGACACUGUCCUAAAACGAAGGAUACGCAGAAAUCAUUUUAAUUUUGCGUGAUGAAAGUGAGAUGAAUUUUAUGGAUUUAAUAUUAUGCAUGAUAAAUAACAAUAGACUAAUCAAUUUUCUAAUCAGUGUUCUAUUAGCUGCAAUACCAGCAAUGUGAAACGGACAUGGCAGCAAAUCAGGACCGAGCAUAAAAACAUCAUCCGAAGUGGUCUGUAUUUGCUCUGCCUUCAAUAUUCAAUAUUCGAGUGUUGGUGAUAUGCUGUGUAAAACAUGUUAAGUUCUUCAGUCAGUGACAUUGACUGGACACUGAUAUAGAUCUGGAAUUGGUCCCCGGGCGCUGCACAGCGGCUGCCCACUACUCCCUUGAGGGAUGGGUAAAAUUCAGAGAAUGACAAUAAAUUGCCUUUACCUUUAAAUUUAAAGGGUUAAACAAACAGGGGAAAAAAUGUCUCUAUCAACUGAGUCCAUGUAGGUUCAGGAGGCGACUCGAUGCAAACAGUUUGUGCUACUCUAACUGCACAGCUUAGUUAAGUGGCACUACUACUGUAUGGCUUAAUCUCACUUCGUAGUACACCCCUCAAUAACGCUUUAGAUUACAGCCUGCAAAUUACAGUGUAAAUAUUUUGUACAUAAGAGGUACCAAUUACAUACUUAUGGGGUAACUAAUGGAUAGGCACGAGGAAAGAGGUACAACAGGCGGUUACAAAUUUGUUUAGAAAUAAAUUACACUUUAAUUGCCUUUUUGUUUUACUGGUUAACCUAAUGGUUUGUUCCCCAACAACAUGUAGUGCACAUCAUAUUAAUAAUAAUGUUUUUAAUAAUAAGUAUUUAACUGAAAGUAUUUAAAUUGUUUUUACAAUGUAAUUUCCAAACUAAAUUGUUUUUGUUAAGAUAUUAUCAUUUCAAAAUAAAUGAAACCAUAACUUAUUUCAUUGCGGUACUGGUACAACAAAAAGUUGUUCCCUUAACCUCUUACUCUUUCCUAUAUUUGUCCCAUAUAGUUACCCAGUAAGUAAUGUAUUGAUACCCUGUAUAUACUGAAUUAUUAUAUUAGUAAUCUAAACCAACAGACUCACUUGUCAUUAUUUUGAGGCUCAUCAGACAUACAUGAAGUAAUUUAUCACGCGCUUUUCUUUAUGCUUUAAGCCUUUUCACUGAUUAUCUAAGACUUCAGUAGACUUUCUCCAAAGGGUCGUAAAGGUUAUUGAACUUGAACAACAUUUUCAUUGAAUUUGAGUGUGUUUACAUAACCUGUAGAAACCAUGAGUUGAAUGUAAAUGCCCUUUUUUUUGCCAGUCUGCUGUUCAUCAAUGAAAUCUACAAAGAAACUAUUCUGACUAUUCUUCUGACAUGCACUAUGGUUGUUGCGUUCGGGUGAUUGAGUGUAGAUUAUUUUCCCUGUCUUAUCUGUUUGUAUUAUAGUAAUUGUAACCAAUUAGAAAAUAUUAUGGAAAGUUAAUAAAAUGUGAUGAUGUAGCCUAAAUAUGCAGAAGUACAACUAUGACAAGAAUGGUUGGGUGAUUUAAAAAAACAGGUGUCUGUUUGUACAUUUGUGCGUUGGUUGUUUUGUUUAUGGCGUGUGAUUUAGUGCAUGCACUACUUUCUGCUGUAGCUGAGCUGAGAAACAUUACUGUUAUCUCAUGAAAGCCACUUCAAUAAAGAUGAUCCUGUGUACAUAUCAUUAUUACACUGUC